AGCGGAGGGAGGGCGCGGCACUGCCGAGGGAGCCCCGCCGCGGGGGCCGCGACCCGCGCCGCCGGGGAUGCUGCGCUGGGUCCGGCAGCAGCUGGGUUUUGACCCACCGCAUCAAAGCGACACAAGAACUAUUUAUAUAGCAAACCGUUUUCCCCAGCAUGGCCAUUAUGUUCCUCAGAAGUUUGCAGACAACAGAAUCAUAUCAUCCAAGUAUACAGUGUGGAAUUUUGUUCCAAAAAACUUAUUUGAGCAGUUCAGAAGAGUAGCCAACUUUUAUUUUCUCAUUAUAUUUUUGGUUCAGCUCAUGAUAGAUACCCCUACCAGUCCUAUUACCAGUGGAUUGCCAUUAUUCUUUGUCAUAACUGUGACAGCCAUAAAACAGGGCUAUGAGGACUGGCUGCGACAUAAAGCAGACAAUGAAGUCAACGGUGCUCCAGUUUAUGUUGUUCGAAGUGGUGGCCUUGUGAAAACCAGAUCUAAAAACAUUCGGGUGGGGGACAUUGUCAGAGUAGCCAAAGAUGAGACUUUCCCUGUUGAUCUGGUGCUCCUGUCGUCUGACCGAGUGGAUGGUUCAUGCCACGUUACCACUGCAAGUUUGGAUGGAGAGACCAAUCUUAAGACACAUGUUGCAGUCCCAGAAACAGCAGUGCUGCAGUCUGUUGCCAACCUGGACAAACUGGUAGCUGUUAUAGAAUGUCAGCAGCCAGAAGCAGAUCUGUACAGAUUUGUUGGAAGAAUAACUGUAAGUCAACAAGCUGAAGAAAUAGUACGACCUCUUGGGCCUGAAAGCCUCUUACUUCGUGGAGCAAGAUUAAAAAACACUAAAGAAAUAUUUGGUGUUGCUGUGUAUACAGGUAUGGAGACAAAGAUGGCAUUAAAUUACAAGAGUAAAUCUCAGAAACGGUCAGCAGUAGAAAAGUCCAUGAAUUCCUUUUUGAUUAUUUAUCUAAUAAUCCUCCUCUUUGAAGCCAUUCUGAGCACUAUUUUAAAGUAUGCAUGGCAAGCUGAAGAGAAAUGGGAUGAGCCUUGGUAUAAUGAAAAAACAGAGCAUGAAAGAAACAGCAGUAAGAUCCUGAGAUUUAUUUCAGAUUUUCUUGCUUUUCUGGUACUUUACAAUUUUAUCAUACCCAUUUCACUCUAUGUGACUGUUGAGAUGCAGAAAUUUCUUGGGUCUUUUUUUAUUGGCUGGGAUCUUGACCUCUAUCAUGAAGAAACAAACCAGAGAGCACAAGUAAAUACUUCAGACCUCAAUGAAGAAUUGGGGCAGGUAGAGUAUGUGUUUACAGACAAAACUGGCACAUUAACUGAAAAUGAGAUGCAGUUUCGGGAGUGCUCUAUUAAUGGCAUAAAGUACCAAGAGGUCAAUGGUAAACUAACUCCAGAGGGAUUUUCUGAAGAUUCUCCAGAUGGAAAUAGGCAUGGUUUGGUGAAAGAGGAAGAGCUCUUCUUGAAAGCAGUUUGUCUGUGCCAUACAGUGCAGAUCAAUGCAGAUCAGACAGAUGGUGCUGAUGGUCCCUGGCAUGCCAAUGGAAUAACAUCCCCCCUGGAAUAUUAUGCUUCUUCCCCAGAUGAGAAGGCUUUGGUGGAAGCUGCGAGCCGGGUUGGAGUAGUAUUUACUGGAAUUAGUGGAGACAGUAUGGAAGUAAAAAGUCUUGGAAAACCAGAGAGGUAUAAAUUGCUUCAUGUUUUGGAGUUUGAUCCAAAUCGCAGACGAAUGAGUGUCAUUGUAGAGAGUCCCUCAGGGGAGAAGCUUUUAUUCACAAAGGGAGCAGAAUCUUCCAUUCUUCCUCGCAGCAAGAGUGGAGAAAUAGAUAAAACAAGGAUACAUGUGGAUGAAUUUGCUUUGAAAGGCCUAAGAACUUUGUGUGUGGCCUACAGAAGAUUCACACCUGAGGAGUACCAAGAAAUUGGCAAACGCCUUCAUGAGGCCAGGACUGCCUUACAGCAGCGGGAAGAGAAAUUAGCAGAUGUGUUCAACUUCAUAGAAAGGGAUCUGGAGUUGCUUGGGGCUACAGGAGUAGAAGACAAGCUGCAGGAGAAAGUCCAAGAAACUAUAGAAGCCCUCAGGCUGGCUGGUAUCAAAGUGUGGGUGCUCACUGGAGACAAGCACGAAACAGCUGUUAGUGUCAGUUUAUCCUGUGGACACUUUCACAGAACCAUGAACAUCCUUGAGCUUGUGCAGCACAAGUCAGACAGUACCUGUGCAGAACAGCUGAGGCAGCUAGCCAAGAGAAUAAAGGAAGAUCAUGUUAUCCAGCAUGGACUGGUUGUGGAUGGGACCAGCCUCUCUCUUGCACUCAGGGAACAUGAAAAACUGUUCAUGGAAGUUUGCAAAAACUGUUCUGCAGUGUUGUGCUGUCGCAUGGCACCCCUUCAGAAAGCAAAGGUGGUUCGACUGUUAAAAACCUCUCCGGAGAAGCCCAUAACGUUGGCGAUCGGGGAUGGUGCUAAUGAUGUGAGCAUGAUCCAGGAGGCACAUGUUGGCAUAGGAAUCAUGGGCAAGGAAGGAAGGCAAGCUGUAAGAAACAGUGACUAUGCAAUAGCACGAUUUAAAUUCCUCUCCAAGUUGCUUUUUGUUCAUGGGCACUUUUACUAUAUUAGAAUAGCGACCCUUGUACAGUACUUUUUUUAUAAGAAUGUGUGCUUUAUUACACCACAAUUUUUAUAUCAGUUCUUCUGUUUGUUUUCACAACAAACGCUCUAUGACAGUGUAUACCUGACUUUGUACAAUAUUUGUUUCACUUCCCUGCCUGUCCUCAUCUACAGUCUUUUUGAGCAGCAUGUGCACCCGCAUGUAUUGCAGAGUAAACCUGUGCUCUACAGAGACAUCAGUAAAAAUGCCCAUCUGGGGUUUAAACCAUUUCUUUACUGGACCAUCUUGGGCUUCUUUCAUGCAUUUGUUUUCUUUUAUGGCUCGUAUCUUCUAAUGGGAGAAGACACUUCUCUGCUGGGAAAUGGCCAGAUAUUGAAACCUAACAGGCAAAUGAUGUUUGGGAACUGGACAUUUGGUACUUUGGUCUUCACCGUUAUGGUUAUAACUGUUACGAUGAAGAUGGCACUAGAAACUCACUUCUGGACAUGGAUAAACCAUUUUGUUACUUGGGGAUCCAUUGUAUUUUAUUUCAUAUUCUCCUUGUUUUAUGGGGGAAUUAUCUGGCCAUUUUUACAUACCCAGGACAUGUACUUUGUAUUUGUUCAACUGUUGUCAAGUGGUUCUGCUUGGUUUGCCAUAAUCCUCAUAGUAGUUGCUUGUUUGUUUAUUGAUGUUGUGAAGAAAGUGCUGUACAGACAUCUGCAACCAACAAGUACUGAAAAAGCUCAGCUUACUGAGGCAGGUUCAGGUAUCAACUGCUUGGACUCCAUGUGCUGCUUCUCAGAUGGGGAAACAGCAUGCACAUCUGUUAGAAGAAUGCUGGAACGACUAAUGGGAAGGUGUAGCCCAGCGCGGGUCAGCAGAUCAUGGAGUUCAACGGAUCCCUUCUAUGCCACCGACAGGAGCAUCUUGACUCUCUCCACAAUGGACUCAUCCACUUGCUGACAGGGACAUUUUUGAAUGCCUUGUGGAAGCCCUGUGGAGCUCACACACCUGUAGCAGGUGCUGAGGCGAGCUCAGUGUCCGGCGCUGCCCCAGGAAAGCCCAGAGGACUCCUGAGUGCAGCCAGGGCUUGUCUGGCCUGGCAAAAUCUGCACUGCAAUUGCUUCCAGGAAUUUUUCUAAUUAUAUCUACAAAUUGCUAAAUAAGUUUUUGGUUUUUUGGUUUUUUUUUUUAAGGAAUGCUUUUACCUCAGACCAUUUGAUCCUUUUUGUUGCUGUAUGAGCAGAUUGGAAUCCUACAUUUAAUACUGGAGAUAUCCCUAUAGGGUAAUGACAGAAAUCUUUCUCCUCCCAAAUUUGAGUGAUCCAAUUUGAAUCAAUUUGAAUCUGCACAAUUAAACUUUUAAAAGUUGUGUUUUUAAUGAUGACCCUUCCUUUUAAACACACAUUCAUUUUGAGCUGUCUUGCAGAUGCUGUUUUAGCAGUUUGUUACUUUUGUGGACAGUUACUGUAUUCUAUAAGCAAUCAGUUUAGUAAUUUUUGAGAGUUAAAUGCAAUUCAAAUAUUUAUGCUGGUGUAUGAGUGGCUAAUAUAUUAGUCAUUGCUUUCAAAAACACUUAACUGUGACAAAUCAGUAAUUUGGAAUAAUAAGGGAUAUAGCAGCUCAGUGUUCUCCUAAAGUCCAAUUCAGAAACCAGUCAUCUUUUAUUAUGCCCUGUAUGUUUUGUUAACAAUUCUGGAUCCUGACAUGGAAAAAUUUAUUAAGAAUUGGCGGAUUGAGCAGAAGUCUCACUAGCAUAAAUUUUUGAAUUAUUAAUCCUUUUAAAGUUGGGGAAUUUUUGCAUGUUUUGUUCUUUUUCAUGUAUUUAUAUUCGGUCACGUUGUACUUUGAAGAUAUAAUUAAUGCCUAAUUAUCUUCGUCUAUCGGAAGGAUCCGAGACCUUGAUGGCAAUGUUUUGAUACCUAAGUAUGCCAAUAAAAACCAAUUGCACAGUUGGAGCUCUGGGUGGUGCAUCCUGCAGGUGCCUCCCUGUCCCAGUACAGACCUGUCUGCAUGCUGGGGGCUGGGGAGCAGCAGCGUUUCCCUGUUCCCUCAGCCAGGGAGGCUGAACCCACUGCUUGUCCUGGGAUGUGGGAGAUGAAGUGGAGGUGCCUUAGAACAGAGCUGUUCAUGGCUGGGGACUGGGAAAAGUGCUGCUGCUCCAGGACACCCCCUUUUGUCACCUCUGACAGUGACAUCCCAUCAAUAACUGGAAUACUUGUCCUUUCAGACACUUGAAAGUGUAAAGAUCCAUCUUAAAGUUAGCUCUGGGUAAAAACUGCAAAUCUGGGCCACUGCAAACCUGGCUGACUGUAACUGGGCUGCUGCCAGGGCAGUGCAUCCCUCCUGUCAUCCCCAGUUCUCCCAAGUUCAGUGAGCAAAGUCCUGCUUUCCAGGGAUCACAUCCUUCAGAUGUUCCUGACCUACAAACAGCUCUGCUGUUCAUUUUCCUGCCCGUGACUUUAACUGGGAUUAUUUCAGCUCUCCUCUUGGAGCUUUGUUUUUGCAUUGGUGCCUGGCAGCUUCUCUCAGACAUGAAGGCUGCAGGUACCAUGGAGUUUACAAGAUCUCAGUGCUCAAGGCAGCAUCUGCAUGGGAAAGAAAUGGCCAUUGCAACUUCAUGGUUAAAUUUCUAGUGACUUGAACUUGCACACAAGGGAUUUGAUUUUCCCCACUGUUACAGGUAAAGAUCAGUUCAGAAAUUAAGAAGCUUUAAAAAUAAAUUACGAGACAAGAAGGAGGAACAAAAUACAUUGAACUUUCUUUUUAAAUAAGUGUUUAAUUCAGCAUUCAUAGUGCAUUUGUGUAUUAUGUCUUCAGAUGCCUGAGUGCAGUGAAGCUUGAGGCUGAAAAUGUCAGUGUGCACUAGAUCCCCCCAGCGAGUGCCCAGGGGAUGAAGAAACACUAACAUUGAGCCUUGUCUUCUCAUGCAGCAGGUAUGAACAUGUGACUAACCCCACUGCAUGGGGCUGACAACCUGGAUCCAGCUGGAGAGGCAAUAAUCCAUCCAGUCCCCUCCUGAUCUGCAAGUAGUAGCAAAAUACAGUUUUCACCAACUCCUCUAACUUGCUUUAUAUUUCAUAUCUAUCUUAAACCUGGGUUUAAAAUAGUAAUUUUCUUCCUAGUAGUUUUUCUUCCUAGGAGUCUUCAUGCUGCCAUGGAUACCUAGGAAAUACAGAAUUAUUUACUACUCUAAUCAGAUAUCUGCUGUUUGGCUGUAUUUUACACUUCAGCCAGAGUGUUUCACCCUUCAGCAGUGCUUGUUUGUCCGUGUCAGGCCCAGCAUUGUCCUGUCAGUGUGUGUGACUGUGUGCCCUCAUCCCUCCAUCCGUGUGGUUCGUGUGUCCUGCCCUGAGCCUGUUCCUUGUGUGAGGGGAGCAGAGGCUUUGCCCAAAACCCCACUCCAAGCAUUUCCACUGGCCCAGCUCUGUAGGUGAUGUAUUUUGGCUUUUACCACACCAGUGUGUUGAGUAGAUUUGCACAAAAGCAGCACAGUCGUGUAUUUGAAGAAUAAUUUGCACUCAUGAUGUGUUUCUUUAAAACCUUCCAUCUCCUCUCCUCCCUUUCCCCCUGCUUUCCCUUUUCCCAGUGUUUGUAAGGUUACCGAAGAAACUUGCAUUUAAACAAUUCAGGAAGGACUUAAGAAUCCAUCCCUCGGCCAAGCUCAGUGCUGCUCCCAAGGCGUCAGGACUGGCUCAGAGCCCUCCGAGCCGCCUGUGCUGCUGCUCCUCCGGGGACCUCGGUGCUGCUGCUGUCGCCGCCCGGCUCCGGCUCCGGCUGAGCCGCUCCGUGUCCCCGCGGGGGGAACAGCUCCGGGACACGAACGCGCAGAGCGACGCUGCAAGAGACCCCGGCAGCACCGCCGAGGCCUGGGGCUUUAUUCAUCUCUCCUCAGCAGUUUUCAAGGAAAUUACUUCAAACUGCAGCAGGUUCUCACCCUUUUAACGUUUUGACAACAGGAUAAAAGACGAUCUGUGGGGCAUGCAGUUGAAAAGGGUUAAAAAUGAGGCGCACCUUGCUCCAGGAGGAUCUUAAUUUGUAUCUCAAAGAAUAUAUUUUUACAGUUCCUAGUUGCAGUCCUCAUGACAGAUUUCAGGUUUUAUGCAUACAAAAAUAACAAAUCAUCAUCUAGACUCCUGUUUUUUCACUGAAGAGGGAUUGAGCUUGCUUCUUUGAAGGAAAAAACAAAUGGUUUCAUCUCUGCAAGUACCUUUUAAAAGCUGUUGAUCCUUAAUUUUAGGCAGAUUAGGGGUGUUGCCUACUGGAAAUGAGCAAUAAGUAAUACAAAGAAUUUUGGACCUCUGACACUGUGGCUGCCUCAUGUUAUUUUUGCUCCUUUGACAGCGAGGCUGUGUGCUUGCUCCUUGUACAGCUUGGUCAGUAGUUGUUUUGAAAAUGGUUUAUGAAAAUUAUAUUUAUUAAAUAGAAUUUUCACUUCUA